AGAAGGUUACCUCCCUCUGUCAUAAGCAUGGCAGCAAGUUUGCUUAUGCACUGGCCAAUGGAACAGUGGGUGUAUAUGACCACACUGCCCACUACUGGAUAAUCAAGUCUAAGAACCAUGCAAUGAGCAUCCAUGUAUUUGACCUUAAUGCUGACGGUGUUGUAGAACUCAUCAAGGGCUGGUCCAAUGGAAAGGUAAACCACCUUGAUGUGUCAGUCAAUAAUCAAUUUAGGGCAAUCGAGAAGACCUAUUUGUUAAAAUGAGUACAGAACCAAUCAAGGAGAGUCUUCAAAGUCCUCUAAUCCUUCACUUUGUCACAUUGUCUAGGACUGGUUGACACUUGGCACCAGCCUUUCCUCCAAGUGUAAGGAAUGUUGUAAGGCCCCUUGACUUCACCUUAAUUUACAUAUUGAUGCACGGAGCGAUCGAAACAGGUGAAAUCAUCUUCAAAGACAGCUUCUCGUCCUCUGUGGCUGGAGUGGUGGAGAGGGACCACAUGGAUGGACAGAUCCAGCUCAUCUGUACCUCUGUGGAGGGAGAAGUGCGUGGCUACCUGCCUGCCAGUAAGGAGAUGAAGGGGAACCUGAUGGACUCCAGUGUGGAGCAGGAUCUGAUCUGAGAGCUGAGCCAGCUCAGGCAGAACCUGCUACUGGAACUACGCAACUAUAAGGAGAAUGCCAAGCAGGCUGUCCCAGGGACUUCAGAAGGUGAUACCCAGAUGGGGGUGAUACCAGCCAAUACCCAGCUCUAGACUGCAUCUGUCAGAGCUGCCACGGAGUCCCAGAGGGCACACAUAGAGCUCAGCAUCUCCACGCCCAAUGAGACCAUCAUUAGAGCUGUGCUGAUUUUUGCUGAGGGAAUUUUCGAGGGUGAAAGUCAUGUGGUACACCCCAGUGCCCAGAAUUGGUCUGGUUGUAUCCGUGUUCCCAUCAUUCCUCCGAAAGAUAUCCUUGUGGAUCUACACGUCAAAGCUUUUGUUGGCGGCAAGAGCAGCGUUCAGUUCCACGUCUUUGAGAUCACGCGUCAGCUGCGUCGGCUGCCUGGCUUCUCCGUGUAUGAUCUUAAUGUUGAUCCUGAUGUAUCUCAACCUACUGGGAAAGUCACCUUCGCCAGGCCACAGAGAAUCUUCCUUCUACCAGAGGGCAUUGAUACCCCAGUUGUGAUGUUCAACUUUCUGCGCCGUGGGCAGAGAUCACACUAAUCACAGACGACAUAGACCUACAGGCAGAGGCAGACUUCCCCACGUACUUUGGGAAGCUGAGGACCACCAUGACUGAGGUGAACAACACACUUCCCACACUACCCACCUCAACCUUCACACCAAUAGCAUUUCUCUCAUUACCAACCUCACAACACUUUUGAUAUCGCUUUAUUUUUGUGUAGUGGGCCUAACAUUUCUAUGUUCUCUUUCAGUCGACUCGGUUCGACGUCUCACUAUGGGACACGCCCUCUUUUACGGGUCAUUGGUUGAAGCCUUAUUCAAUCAAACCUAACAGGCCAAUCAGAGCUUUGUGGGUGUAUGCCCCGCGUGUCUAUAUAACACCCUGCACUGCUCUGGUUUCCUAUUUCUUUGCAUCUUCACAAGUCUAUUUGGGUACUAGCUCAUUAAGCAGCAUUCUUCAGAAAACUAGCUCUCAACUUAACUUUUCUUUCCUGGUGGGUUACCACCCCACCAUGGAGCAUUGAGUGGCUUAUUUUCAAUUUUCAGGAACUCUGAAAUCUUCAGCUUCACUUUACAGAGUGAAGAUACCUCAGUUAGCUUGUUAGCAGCACUUUUUGUUGUUGGCUAGCUACAGUACAUCUGUUACCUGGCCUUGUUAGCUAGCUAGCUCCACUGCUUUAGCAUCCCGCUAAUAGCAGGUUCCCACAAAUUUAAGCUACUUAUACCUGGGGUCUCUAGCUCUCUGUCGGAUUCCACCGUUCGGAGCUAGCUGAACUUUUGAAUGUCUUGGCUGUGUAGUGUGCUAACGGCUCCACUUGUGUUUUAGCUAGAAUCCUUUGGGCUAAACCCCCAUUCGGUUUGUUUGGCUAGCACGAGCGGUGCUGUUUCUUCAGUGUGUUACCCCACCAUUGAAGCACCAUCCCUUUUACCUUCCCCUGUGAAUAAUAGCCCAGCCGUUCAUUCUACCUCGAGUUAUUUAGUUUACACACCGAGUUGGCACUUGGUAUCUCACGUGACGGCUCGGCUAGCUGGCUAUCGUCACUCAGGUGAAGAUUGCGGGCAUUACAAUUGCGGGCAUUACAUGUCUGGGACAGAUUCCUAUCCACUCUGUAAUACUUGCCUAGGCGUUGAACACGCCAUGGAGGCUCUCGUUGACCCCACUAGUUGUGUGCAUUGCGCUCAGAUGGGCUCCGGUGGCCUAAGACGUAGAGCCAAGUACAUGGAAAGUAUUGCCCAGGCCUCGUCCUUGCUCGAAGAUGACUCUGUUGACAAUGAAGUCCCUGAGGAGGGAGAAGCUACUCAGGCAUCCCCUCCAUCUGAUUCGGACCUUAAUUCUGACGAAUCCGUAAGUGAGGACGACAGCAUGUCUCUUGCCGCAUCAGGCAGCGGCCUUUCUAACCAGGAGAUGGAUUACGCCCCUGAAUAAUUUCUCCCCUCUGCUCAGUUUGUGCUACCCAGCCAGACUGCAGAGGUAGGACAGGAGUCAAUAAUUGACCUCCACUUCUUCGAGGCAAUCAGAUGCACUGCAACCAAACUUGAUGUUGAGUAUUCAACGCCUCCCACACCUUCCAAGAAGACUAGGAUGGAUGGAAUCUCCUCUCAGAGUAAUUCUACAUCCGUCCGACAGCGUGUACCAGCCUUCCUAGACUGUCUGGCGUUGUUGGAAUCUUCCUGGGUGUGCCACUCAAGUCACCUUCUCCUGUGACUGGCUACCCCUAUUUGGAUAUGCACAGCAUGGAGUCAUCGGGAUGGCUCAGCCCGCCUCCCGUGGAGCCAUCCCUGGCUCCUCUUCCUCUGCCCCCAAGCUCGCUCAUCCCAAUGACCGCUUCACCGCGUCCGUGUAUGAGAGGAUCUACCAAUCUGCAUCUCAGGUGGGGCGCUCCGUGAACGCUGCUGCCCUCCUCUCCAUCUACAUGGCGGUACAGAGUGCGCCAUCUCUGUCCGGUCUCCAAGCCACUUUCCUCAUCAUGGGAUUUGGCACUGGUUCUGGAUGAACUUACAGGCAAUCACUUUGAAUCCGUGGAGACAGUGGAUCUUAAGACUCUGUCUUAUAAGACAGCCCAGUUGCUCGCCUUGGCUAUGGCCAAGUGUGUUAGUGACCUUCAUGUGCUCUCGGUUCAUCCUUCAUGCACUCAGUUUCCCCCCAGACUACCCCAAGGCUAUGAUACAUCCGUGGUCGGGCUUUGUCCAAACAAUGCCUCACCCAUUGUGUAGUGGAGGCUAUCGCCAAGGUGUACAGUUGUCUGGGAUUGCAGUCUCCCCUGGGUGUCCGAGCACAUUUCACUUGAGGAAUUGCCACGUCAUGGGCACUGUAUAGAGACAUCUCCGUCUUGGAGAUUUCUGCGGCUAGUUAGGCUUCCUCUCACACCUUUGUCAGGUUCUAUUGCAUGGACGUUACUGCGCCCUCCCUGACGCACAGAGUCCUUGGACUGGAGCUGAGUAGGAUGGAUCAGGUACAUUACCAUGUACCACAACAGGCUUCUCAGCAAAGGUACUAUUGGCAAUCGGGGAGCUUUGCAAGUGUCCUGUAGUGAAAUGUCCAACCGAGUCGACUGAAAGAAAACUUUGGGUUACGGUAUGUAACCCCGGUUCUCUGAAGGAGAUCUCACCAGAUUGCCCCUCUUGUAAGAGGUAGUUCUUAAGGAAACCAGAGCAGUGAAGGGUGUUAUAUAGACACACGGGGCAUACACCCAUAAAGCUCUGAUUUCUCUGUUAGGCAUGAUUGGUUUCAACCAAUGACCCACAAAAGAGGGCGUGUCCCAUAGUGAGAUGUCUUCCUCAUCUCCUUCAGAGAAACGGGGUUACAUACCGUUACGCAAAGUUACCUAUUGUUUGAACAGGUAGAUGACUAUCUCUCUGUCCACCAAAUGCUGAUGGCGGCCAUUGCAGAUCAUUCUAAUCACAUCCGUAACAUGCUGGAGUGGGCAGAGGACGCACAACUCAUGGGGGACAAGUUAGUGACGCCACAACAACCACCAUGAUUUCUCUGCUUGGCUUUUCUUUUCAUCCCUUCAUCUUUUUGCAUGACAGGAGGAACAUGAAGAAGCUCUACAUUGAGCUCUAUGACCUGAACAGAGACCUGAUCAAUGAGUACAAGAUCAGAUCACAAUGCUCUUAAGUCUGUCAACCAGGCCCAUUCAGAGGGCAGGGAGACUGAGAGGUGAGUAGGGGUUGAAAGCGUGAUCAGUGAUCUUUCCUAACCUCUACUACUAUUUGUCUCUCUCAGUGGGUAAGCCGAAGAAUCAGGUUAUCACAGCCUGCCGAGACGCUAUCAAAAACAACGUCAAUGCCCUGUUCAAGAUCAUGAGAGCAGGCACAGCCUCUUCCUGAGGGUACCCCCUGUGUGAGAGGGGGGAGCCAGUCUGGGGGGAGCCAGGAGAGGAGGCUUUAUAAGUGUGAAGAAAGUCUAGUUCACUAGUGGCAAGGCCUGAAGAAAAGACAGGCCUCUCCUGCACCCCACGAUGUCAUAUUUGUCAGCAGUGAUGUUUUAGAAGAGUCAGUGGGUGGGAGUAACUGUCACGUUGUAAAUGUGGUUUUCUAGCCAAAGAAAUCUAUACUCCUUUAAUGUUAAAUGGGACCAUAGUGUGAUACACGUUUACUUUUUGUAGAUUGUUAAUAGACAGGGAACUUUGUGUGUGCAGAAAAUGUAACUAAAUUAAAUGGUCUUUUAACUUAA